UUUAGUAAACCCUCAAGAAGUUGCAGGCGGUAAGAAGUGUUGCUUCAAGCGGUAAAGUUUACUGGUUAACACCUGAUAAGGAGAACACUGUGCAUGUGAGAUUGACUUAUUUACCCAGUAGUCCUAAGCAGUACUUCAUAUACUACAAACAAAUUAGUAUAUAAAAUGUCUAUUUAAAUAAGUAUCCUUGUUUGUGAUAUAAUUUAAUUUACAGGAAAAUGAAAGACUCUUUCAAGAGUGGUUAUGGAGAAAACGCCUACUAGAACAGAUGAAGAAAGGACUCUCAAAAAUAGGUACUAAUACCUUUUGUGGUUUGAAGAAAGUCAUGAGUAAGUUCAUAACUAUCUGAUAAUUAUUGUUAGGUGAGUGUGAAUUGGUGAAUUAGCCCUAUUGUACCAGGUAAAGUACAGUACAGCUCUGUACCUCACAGCACUUAGUAAUGCUAACAAUAAUACAUAUAUUGCAAGAAAGCUCUCUCUUAAAAUACCCACCAAAACUUUUUUAUUGUAUUUUUCUAAAAUUUUGUUGAGACAGUGUAAGCGAGAUUGAGUUUUGUUUAAUGAAAUGGGAGAUUUGAUGAAAUGUUGCUCAACAGUUUUCAUUAAUGUAAUUCACGGAGUCCGUAGGGGACCCGGAACAAGGAUUUCAGUGCUGCUUUGCAGACAUUACUAACUGGAGUUAGAUUAUAUCUGCGAUGCAGGCUAAUAAUAUUGAUGUUGACAUACAAAAUAAUGAUAUGUCAAGUAAUAUUUUGUAUUUUUGUUUGUUUGUUUGUGUUUGUGUUUUCUUAGGUCCACCUGAUAAGCCAAGCAGUGUAACAAUAUCAGUUGCUUCUGAAGACUCUCUUCUUGUUAGAUUUAUUGAACCACUAGAUGAAAAGGUCAUUGUAUCCAAAUAUAAAAGUGAGUAUGAAUAGCAGGUGAUUGUGGCCUCUGCAACCCCCAAAAUUGCAUCUUACACAUGAGAUUUUCAGAAGUUUAAGUGUGUUUUCAUUAUUCUUUUGAAAUUUGACAUUCAUUUUCUUGGACUCCCAUGAGAACUUUUCUUUGGUGUUAUUACAGAUGACUAAUUACAUCUUCAGGCCUUGAAAAAUGUAAAAAAAGAAUGCAAUAUUCUUUAAAUUAUUCUGGUACAAGAUUUUUGUCCACUUAGAAUUAAAAUUACUCAAUUUUCUGGUGGAUUCCGUCUUAAACUUUUUGCUUUGACUUGGGUCUUUCUUUACUGUUUAGUUCAAUGGAGCAAGUCCCCAGACUUUUGGUUACUGGAAGGAGAAUAUGUACUCCGUGAUGUUCGGUCACUAGAAUACACUAUCUGUAAUUUACAAAAGGUAAGCGCUUAUCAAUUGAUCAGUUUCAUUUUUAGCUAGCAGGGAAUGGUACGUUUUUUUUUUGUUUUAAUGAGUGACUCUUUUCUUGCACUUGGUUGGUUCCUCUUAAACAAAGCAUGAUAGGCUGAUUCCUGAUUAAAACUUUUGCUUUGAAUAUUAAUACCAGCCUAUUUUCUUAUUAUUAUUAUUAUUAUUAUUAUUAUUAUUAUUAUUAUUAUUAUUAUUAUUAUUAUUAUUAUUAUUAUUAUUAUUAUUAUUAUUAUUAUUAUUAUUACAUGAUAACAUGUUCAUGUCCUUAUUUAGAGUACCACCUUAAAUGUAAGACAUAUAGAAUGCUCUGUGCAAAUGGAUGCAACAUUGUUGGCCAACAACUCCCAACACUGUUUGGUGUUAGAUGUUGCGUCCGUUUGCUUACCGUGUUGCAUGUUGUUGAAAGUUAAUUUUGUUGCGUCUGUUUGCACACUACUGUUAUCACACAUGGAACAUUUCCCAACAUUGUUGUUUCUAGCCUGUCAAUGUUGGAUGGCUACAACAGAACUCCUGCCUACCACAGAGUGAUACUUAGUGCCCUUUCAUUUGCUAUCAGUUUUCUCUGUCUCAAACACAUAGUUUUUCAAGAAAUUUCUCGGAAAAUGUAUCUUUAUAACUUUCAAUGCUGUCAUUGAAAAAAAAGAACAAGUCACCGCAAAAUGACUUUUGAAAUUGCUUGCCUAGAUACAUUUUCAGUGAUGGUGAUUUGUGUGGGUAGGUUACAUUAUCCAUCGUGGAUGUAUAAUGUUCAUUUAUUUAUUAUAGUUAUUUUUUUAUUAUUAUUUUCUAGUCUGUGUCAUACUAUGUUCGAGUUUGCUGUGGAAAUCUUAAGAGUUAUGGUUCAUGGCUUGAAUCCAGUCCACCCUGUGCAAUGCCAUCAAGUAAGCUUAAUAUUUGUAUUACUUUUAUAUUGUUAUAACAUAAUGCCAACCACUAAGAGAAGUGUAACUAAUUCACUAUUCAUCCAUGUGUGCACAAAUUGUAAAGCAGCAGCACUGGUACUUUCUUGAGUUAUUAAUGUCAGUGGUAAUGUCAGUACCAAUAAAAAGGUUAGAACUACAAACUUAAGUAGUUCUACACAACGUUAGUUGACGUAUAUUGGCAUAAUUCAGGGGGAUACCACUCUCGAUUGGCAUGACCCACGUGAUGUAUGACCAAUUUUAAGUGUUUUUUACCUUGAGGUUUUCGCUCCAUCUCUCUUCCUUUUCUCUGUGUCCUUCCCAUUUUUAUGAUAUGCCUCCAAUAAUUGGAAGCAUAACAAUCACAGCUUUUUCACAUACCAUUCUAACUUGAGUACAGUCUUCUUACUUAAUUAUACAUUGUCUUUGCAGCAUGGCAUGAAGUAGAUGAUUCUAAACCUCGCUUCCAAGGUCGACUAAAUGUAAUAGACGAUUUAUUCAGUCGGGUGUGGCAAAGUCAUGAGGAGUUUUCGCCAGUGAAACCAAUAUUACCCCACAGACCUCGCAGCAACACAUAUGGCAAUGAAACUGGUGAGAAGCGCAGCUUGUGAUAAUAUUAAAAUUUAGUAAUAAUUCUCUAAAGUACAUUACAGCCUUUAAAGCCAAUUUGGGAAGUAGGCUGAAUAUGUUGAAGUGGCCUACAGUGUUGGAACAGUUAUGUCACUCUUUCUUAACUAAUAAAAAAUUUGUCAUAAUCAUGAGGUUAUGGUGUCAAAUGUAACAUAUAACAUCCAAGGAUAGAAUUUGAAGGACGAAAGGACGAAAGUUUUUUUGCACUUAAUAUUUUAUGUUUGCUUUUUUUGCAUGCAGGGUCUGAUGGUGGAGUUUCCCCAAGGACAAGUAGGAAAUCAGCCAUGAAAAAGAGCCUUACAAAAUACACCAAUUUACUCUUCCACUCAGCGCCAAAAUUUGCUAGACAUUUGAAAAGGUAGGAUGUCAUGGUGGUCUUGGGGUUCAAAUUGCGGAAUUCGUAUCUGGAGGGUGGGGUGUGAUUGCGCUGUCUUUGUUUCUCAUAGACUAGGUCCACGCAGGUUCACAAGUGUGUCUUUGCAACAUAAUUCUAAGGGAAGUCCUAUCAGAUGCUGUGUUAUACUCAGAGGUAUAACUAGGUAUAACUAGCGAUAAACCAAUGGAGGUAACCUUGCAACAGACAAACCCCCUGCCCUGCAUCUGUAAAUGAUUAGACACUUUAUUCUUCUCGGGUAAGGAUGAAAAGCUAGGUGCCCUAGCAUUUUCACUGAUCCUGACUCUCGUGGGAUGUCAGAAAAAAGGGUAUGUAGACUGCGGAUGGCGUGGUCAACCCUUUGUCGGUUUGGAGGGUAACUGAUGGGUUGGGAAGGCCUCUUUGUUGUGCAGUGUACCAGAGAAAAAAACUAAUCUCUCAUUUUUUAUGUCAGAGGUGUGUACCUGGCUUCCCUUUUAUUCACUGAUGAUGAAAAGCUUCUUGUAACGGUGGAUGAAAAUAUCCCGAUAAUUGAAGUGGACGACAAUCACCCCAGCACUUUUCUUCAAGACUUCUGUUGGCUCAUGAAGGUACAAACUUUACGAAAACAAACUGCCAUCAGCUGUUGUCCUUGUGGAUUAUUGUUUUGUCCUAUGCUUGUAACACGAUGCCUUGCUUUUUCACCAUCUCAUUUCUGUAUUCCCACGCAUAACGCCUUCAACAUUACAUUUAGAAAACAAAACAGUCUGCACCCUUUUCCAUCCCCUCCUUUUGUCAUAAGAGAAACGCCAGAAAAUUUACAGGAAAAACUGCUUUGGUUAUUAGUUGGCUAUUUUACGUCAAAACAAAUGCAAGCCGCAUGUCUCGGACUCUCUUCCCCUCCCUUAGAGAGUCUCUUCUCCCCCUCCCCCAAAGUCUGUACGGACGUACGGUCAUAAUCAAAUUUUCUUACAUCAAUAGGUUUCCAAUUUUUAUAUCAAUACUGGCUCUGCUACACCAUCUAACAAAUAAAACAAAAAGAAAGCCACAUGAACCACUUACAAGGCUGUAAAUGAUUACCUUAUCUCAGGUUGCAUGUACGUGGAAGGAUGUGAAGAAAUUAAAACAUGAGAUUGAGAAAAAAUCAUCAUCAACGUCAGUCCUGUUUAGAUGUAAACUACUCCAAGCUGCUGAUACUCUUCAGGUAACUGUUAAUUUACGGGGCGUGUUUCUUUUGAGGAGCAGGUUUAUGUCUACAACGGUUUGUUCAUCAUUUUAUCAAAUUGUUGUCUACAUCGCUAAGCAAAAGUUCAAUUUGGUGCAUGGGGCGUUUUCGCGUUCGUCAGAACGCAUCCUAAUCUUUUGUUCCUGUGGCAUUAAGGCAGAAAUGUUCGAGCUAUCACGGGCGACUGCGAAUUAGCCGCCCCUAUUAAUUUUAUCAGGGGCACCUCCGCCGGGAAACUGGACUCCUUUCGACUCGAUUUCGUUUCCGUAAUUUUCCGUAAGUGACGAACGUGGGUCCGUAAUCAAAGAUUACCUCUAGUUGAUAAGUAGUACUUUCGGAUUUCAUGCACUUUCACACUGAGUUCUACCAGUAUACUGCAUGACUUGCAUAGACAGUCAGACACCAUUCAGUGGCUUUUAUCGAUUUUUAAGAUUUAAUCUUAGAGGCGCAUUGGUGAGAGCACUUGCGUCUCACCAUUAUCGCCGGCUAUACCCCAAGUUAUGGGAAUUUCCUCACUCUCUAAAAAAAAAACCUCUCAUGAAGCAAGUUCUUAUUAGCUGCUAGAUGUUCUGUGGGUAACCCAUCCUCUUUUACAUUUAAUGUUUUUCCACAAUGUAUUUUUUUCGUACUCGAUUCAUACCGCCAGUGAUGAACGAAAGUUGCGUGUUUUUGUCAUUGUAUUCAGGGAGCUCUUGGCAAGCAAGACCUCGGAAGACUGCACCACAAGCCGGUCAAAGACAGGAAUGGCAGUACUCUGAUUGUUGCUGUCAAUUAUGUUAUAGUAAGUAGGAUUUUAGUUGUGGUAAAGCUGCGACGCAAUUGAAAUUUCGGGGGCGGGGGCUCAAGAAAAAUACGUUAUUGGCCAAGUGUGAGGUCAAGAUAGCUGGAUAUUGGCCACAAUAACCGUCUUCCUCCGCCCCCCCCCCCCCCCCCCCCCCACCAAACAACCCCAAACCAACCCCCCCCCCCCCCCACCCACAAAACAAGACAACAUCCUGCUACGGCGGCGCGUGGGUUUCGUCCGCUGGCGCGCGGUGCGCGGGGGACGGAGGGAGGAGAGAAGCAGAAGAGCAAAGAAAACAAAAAAUUUAAAUAAAUAGAGAUUUUUUUGGGGUAAAGGUGGGAGGGAAUUGAAAUUUGGGGGGGGGGGGCUCAAAAAAAAUACUUUAUUGGCCAAGGGUGGGGUCAAAAUAACUGGAUAUUGGCCACAAAAACCGUCUCUCCCCGCCCCCCCCCCCCCCCUCCUCAAAAAAAACUAGGCCAAUAUACAGCCAUCUCGACUGAACAAGCUUGGUCAAUAGACCUUUGUCACGCGGUGGCCGUUUUGUCUCAGGAGACCGACUGACUGACGGAAGAAAUGAAUGGAUGAAUGAACGUACGAACAAACAAACAAAUAAAUACGUGAAUGAUGUACUGACUGACUGACGGAAUAAAUGAAUGGAUGGAUGAAUGAACGAACGAUUGAACAUACGAGCAAGUGAAUCAACGAGAGAUGGAUCAGCUCUAGUAAGUUUUCGCCUGUGCAUGCAGCAGGAGUGUAUGAAUACGUGAAUGAUAUACUGACUGACUGGCCUAAUAAAUGAAUAAACGAACGAACAACCGAACGAAAGAGCAAGUGAAUCAACGAGAGAUGGAUCAGCCCUAGUGCGCUUUCGCCUGAACAUGCAGGAGGUCAACCAUUAAAGUGUAUAUUCAUUUGAAAGUCGCCUCUUAUUUCUUAAACGCUGGGUGAUAAUCAAGCCUGUAAAAGGCAAAUAGCGGCAUUAAUGUAGUUUUAUUGAUUGAACUGCACGAUUCAAAUUGAACGUACAUACACUACGACGUGAUGUACCCGUUAUUCAUUCGUAAAAUAAGUUCAUUUUCUUCAUGUACUGUCAUGAUCAGCAGGCAAGCUCCUUCAAGCCACGCAUCAUGUCUUUAAAGUGGUUGUCUUUAAGUAAGCUUCAAAAGAAGAUACAGACUUGUCCCCUGCAAGCAGGCUUACAGGAUGAGCUGUUCUCUGCAUCAGAGAUGCUCCUCUCUUCCAUUCAGGUCAGAACAAAUCUCACUGCAUAAAGCUACGGUAAAACGGGCUACAAAAUAGUGCAACUUGUUUUGCAAAAAUACUGCAAAACGAGUUAAAUAGCGAUGCUGCGCGUUGUACCGCCUGCAAAUCAAACCUGUCUCACAGCAAACCAGGCUGUGGCAGGUUGCGAAAAGUUGUUGCAAAGUCGAGAGCAGUUCUAUUUUUUCUUGGAACAAAAUCUGUACAUGUUGCGCAGGCAAACCGGUUUUGCAGCAAGUGACGUAAGUCCUGGGUAUGGCGUGACCCCCUCGUAAUUUUACCCAAUAAGAUGUCAGUAUUCACACAACUUGCAACAGUCUAAUUUGUAGCAAGGAAGGUUUGAGCGUGGGUGGUAAAACGCACAUCAUCGCUUUUGAACUCGUUUUCCAGCAAUGUUGCAAAACAAGUUGCACAUUUUUGUCGCCCGUUUUACCUUAGAUUAAAGUACUUGGUACACCGCUACUUACUUAAUUAAAUACCCAGGUCGCACUCAGUCAGUACACACAAAGUUCUACGUAACGUGUAGGGAUGAAUGAGGUUGCACAUUAUGAGGAAAUUACACAUUCACCACGGUGAAAAGCAUUGCUCAGGAAAUUAACUGGCGCAAAAUAUACGAAUUUGAUCCAGGAUCAAAAGUAAAUAGUAGAUUACAUGUUUCAAGUCACUUACGAGCUUCUGUUAUGUGUUACGUGCAGUCUUGACCAGAUUUUUUUUGUCUUGAAAGGCAUCUGUAGUUGCAAUUCACAGUCAAUUCUUCAUUAAUUUUUUUCCUUUAACUUUUAGGAAAAGAUACAGUAUUUUGAAAACAGUAAAAAGUGCCUCGAAAGGUGAGAUUACUGACUCGAAAUUUUAAGGGAGGAAGCAAAACUGACACAAUACUACAAAGGUGGCAUUUUUUCUCAAAGAUUUCGAACAUACACAAGUUCUGGUAAACUAAAAAAAACCGCGCUGGCGCUAAUUAAUAUGAAAUAAAAAGCUCUUUUUUUUAAUUCGUGAGUGAUUAUGUAUCACUAUAGCAACGAAGGUUCCGAAAAGAAUGAGUUUCAAGGCCAUUUUUUCAAGAGUGAAAAGGGACCGUUGAGGUUGUUUUGUCGACUAAACAAAUCUGUUAGCGCUGUGUUUGGGGAUGGGAUGGUAGGGGGGUAGUGUGGUUUAAAUCUAAACAGACAUGCUUAAAAUUAUGGGUUAAUCUUUAAGGAAGUCGAGCAAAUCGGGAAAAUCAAGAGAAUUAGUUAAUUAUCACAAUCUAUUGAACUUGUGAAAUAAAUUUCAGUUAAUCAACAACCUUUGUUUCUAACUUGAGCUAAAUUGACGUUGAAUGAAACGACAUCUUGUUUCUUGCAAACGAUCAUAUGGUCUUUUCUCUUUCUAGAUUCUAAUGUCAUAAGUUGGUUAUUUUCCUUUUUAACCCAGGGGUCUUUACAUUGGGUAUCUGAAGCUCAGAACGUUUGUCGAUGCGAUUCACGUAGUGGUGCAGGAAAACUGUCCUAAUGUUCUUCCGCAUGUAAAGAUACGAGAUAACCCUAACGUAUCCAGGUGAGGAAAGUGCUAUUAAUUUCAUUUGAAAUACUCCAGAAAGUUGAAAAUUAUUCUGUUAUUCAUCAUUUCAAGCAGGGGCCUGACAUCACAAGAUGUAAUUGAGUGAAAAAAAAAGUGAGCAAUCAAAAAACGUAUCUUUAAAAUGAGGCUUUUGGAAUGGUACCUUAGAAAGUAAAGGAAUAGGCUAUUUCCGUGUUUAGUGCCCCAGACCUCUGUUUCAAAGCGAGGCUAAGUGCGAAUCCAGUGAUAUGAAAGUCAUUUUUUAUUCUCAUGCAAAUAAAAUCAUUUUUAGAAGAAAGGUUUUUCACUUUCCUCGUUUAGCGAAAAAAGGCGUAGUGACAGAACCAUGUUAUCACAUGUUAGAAGUGUAUUCAUUUUGCGAUCUUGAGAGGGCUCAACCUCCUUCAAUGAAAGUUACCGUGUUAACUUUUCUGGUGAAUAAAUGUACAAUAAAGUUUCGUAGGGUAUCUUUUUUUUUUUUUUGAGAGUAUAUCCUCAAAUCUAGAGGGUCUCUGCACUGAGAAUCGUCCUGAAACGUGAUUCAAACUCGUGAAAUUUUUCCGUCCGCAGAGAGGAAUGGCAGUGGCUUCAAACACUAGAAUCCUUGAAGGUGAGUUGGUUUACCAGAAGAGGGGUAUGGUGCCAAUAUGUGCCAAUAUUGCCUCACAACAAUUUCGAUUUGCGUAUGCCCGUUUAAAAGGCGCUUGUAUUUUUAUACACAUCAACUUUUUUUCGAAAUUUCGAACAUUUGAAACAGCUGAAAGAACUGAAUGGCGUAGAUAAAUUAGGAACUGAACUGGAAAUUGCUCAGAACUGAAAACCCCUUAGCCUUUCCUUCGCAAAAGAAGACAUUUGUGUAUACACGAAGUCAGCGGUGCCAGAUGUAUCAUCGCGUGCGUGUAAACUAAUUUUAUAUAAGAAGCCUCCAGAAACAAAACACAGAUGAACACAGAAUAGCAAAGCUGCGUAUUAGGAAAGAAAUCAUUCUUGGGGCAGGCGUUAAAAAGGGGAAUGGGAUUUUUAGUCGUGAGAAGCGCGGAGAGAGCGCGAAGCGUGAAAGGCACGUCCCUCACACGCACCUCUAGAUCCCGCGCGUGCAGCUUCCCUUUCCUUUUCUAGCUGGCCACGCAGGCUAAUGAAACUGGGACGUAAAGAAUACAGAAAACAACGAAGACUAAUAGAAAAGGGUUUUGGCAUGUUUAUAAUCAGAGUACACCUUUUUUUUUUGUAAAGGAGGGAAUACAAGAUCCAUCAAAAACGGCGCAUGAAUUUCAAGGUCUAGUGGCCAAAGCCGCCGAGUCUUUAAUGGAAAAAGUUGGAAUCAGUAAAGAGGUAUGCUGCUUACUGACAGAUGAUUGAAGAAAAUCUUCGCUGUUAGAACAAAUUGACCUUAAACUGUUCGAAAGAAAGUCAAAAUUCGUUUCUUUUUGUCAAGCUAUUGAAAAGAAGAAGCUUAUAGGAAAGUCGCGUAUUUUUGUACAAAAUUUGGAUUAUUUGUUUUGGUUUCUGCUAUUGUUUCAUAGGGCGAAAAGGUCAUUCUAGACAAGCGAUUAACGUCAUGAUUAUUAAUUUAAAAUUCAAGAUGGCCGAAAUUCCGAUCCAAUUUCUUUUACGUUUACACUUUUUUCCACUUCUUUCCAAAAUUGACACAGACGCCAUCUUGUACAAAGUGAAAGGAAAAAUAAGUUGUCUCGCCUUAGGAUAUUAUUUACAUCUUCAAAUGUUUGGUUGUAAACUUCCAAUACAAAAACAGAGACAGAGAACCAGUACUUAUCAAUAGUUUACUAGUGAAAGGCCACAUUUCAUAGCGUACUGAGCAGAACAACUGAAGCGAAUUGUUUAGUCGCUCAUUCGACUUGCUUAAAAUAUAAACAAGACUUUUUUUGUUGAUUUGUUGCCUUUACUGCAGAGGUGAGUCUUUUCGUGUUCUUUCUCUGUUUGUUAGGCGUCGCAACUUCACAGAAUAUACGACCGUGAAGUUGUUGAACUGGACGAGAAUGUUUCAUUUAUUAUCGUGUUUCCCCCUCCUGAGGAAGUGUGCAGUGCACCAGGGCAGCAGGACUCGCUUUCAGCGCAGAAAAACUACAUCUCUCUGUCAGUUCAAACCUUUGAAAUGAGUAAGUUGUUGGUACUUUGCUCAGUUAAAAGAGCUGCAUGUGUCACGAAAUUUAUCAGAAUCCAAAUGAUGGGUACUGCCACCAAACUGAGUAAAACUUAAAAAUAGAGCCGUUUUCGUAUGAUCUUGAAAUGAAAACGCGGGAGCAAAACAAAAACUACAAACGAACGGAAAUAGAGCAAUUUGAUUGGUUUCGCUGCGUGUUCGUUAUAUGUUUAAUCAGCCAAUGGAUGAAAAGGUCAAAACAUGGACUCUUCGUUUUCCCACCAAAGAAAACCCUAGUAUGGAGAAGGCAUUGUUCGAUUGGCCAGUCGUGUUGCAGUAUGACGUCAAAGCGAAGUACCGAUUGAUUUCUAGAAAGUUCUUCGGGCAUGAAGUUUUUUCGUCCGGGCGUUCGCUUAACCAACCAAAAGCCACGCGCGUUUGAAUCCGUUCGAUAAACCAAUCAAAUCGCUCUAUUUCCGUUCGUUUGUUGUUUCUGUUUUGUCCGCGCGUUUUCAUUUCAAGGUCAUACGAAAGUCGCUGUAAUAGAUACCGCCCUAAAACAGCCACCUAAAGCUCGUUGGUGUGAUUCUCAAUUUAGGGGGACAUCUCUGCUGCGGUCGCCGCAAUGUCCGUCGUAGAAAGAUUUGGCUGUAUAGCAAAAUAAUCCUGGGAACUAACAAAACCACAAUAACAUUCUGCUGCCUUAGGUUUGUUUUCAUCCAGACUCGCAAAUUGUGUGGAUACCAAAAGGUCAUGGCCCCUUCUCCCCCGUUCCCGUAGGUUUGCUUAUAUUUAGACUCACAAAUCAUCGGGGCUACCGAAAGGCUAUGGCACUCCUUGUCCCCCUCCCCCUCACAGUUGAUUGAGGAAAUUCUAAAGACGACUAUAACUUCGUUUGUUUGUUUGUUUGUUUGUUUGUUUUUCAGUUCACAUGUACACAUACCAGCAAGAAUUUAUCUGUCAUUAUUCUCGACUCUCGUCAGUUUUGGAUAUGGACACUGUUAUUUCACAGCAGUCACUAAGAGAGGUAGCGCACAAUUUGUCAGUUGAAUACGCAACUUUUGCAGUAGUGCAAUGGAAACUUGAAAAUUUUACGACACUCGCUACUUAUUUGCUACUGAUUUUGAUAUCAUAGUUGUUGUGACCUAAACCUUCUCGCGCGUUUGCAUUAUUAGCUUCGGCACAUGUGAAGUUCGACGUUUCAAAAAACCCUUAAUGAUCUGUCGUUCUUUUUCCUUCUUAAUCAAGGCAUUUUCAGCUCGUGAAGUACAGCUGGCUAAAGCUCGACAGGACCAGCUUUUAAAUUUUCAGCGGGUGAGUAAGCAAGUAGUUAAUCAAGCCUUUCCUGGCAGAAUUAUUUUUCCAAGGUUUUGGAAAGCAAAUUGUGCGGAUCUUAGGGUAGUGCGCAUGAAAGUUUUGCCCACUACCGGGGCUAAAAAAAUACUCGAAUUCAAGAAUGCUAAGUUGCAUGAGAACAACAUGGUCACAUAAUAAAGCAGGAAGGGUCCCCCAGCCUCGUUGUCACCUGUAUCUGUAAAAUGGGCUAUUCAAUUGUGUGAUAUGUUUAUGGAAUAUUUUUGUAGGAGUUAGACGAGACAUGGCAGGGAAUGCGGUGGAUAUUAGACGCGCUUCAUUACGCCAGAGAUCGGCAGGUCCGAGGUGGAAUACCGCUGGUCGAAGUGUUCGACUAUUCGCUCUCUCAUGGUGAUGGCCAAUGUUGCGUUUGUUCGUCAGAUUUGAAGGGGAAAGUACUUUGCAAUGGGCGGAGUAAGUUAAUUACAUUAUGCCUCUCUCCUCCACCUCGAUUUCUAUCGUCGCCCCGCGCGUCUCGUCAUCCUCCCUACGACACAAAAAGGGAGCUUAAGCAACGAUGACGGCGACGGCAACGAGAAUGGCAAAAAACCAAUAGGUUUAGGUAGCAAAAAAACAACUUUGCACAUGCAUCACGCUUCUUGGUACAUUUCUAUCGGCCGUUGUUGCACGACUACAACGUGAAAGUGCCUAAUUUCACGUUUUGUCGAGGACGGGAACACAUAUUCUUUUUCUGAACUUUGAUACAGUCCUCUAAAAUUCAACUCCCAAAAAGCAAUUUCCAACAUUUGAUGAAUUAAACGAGAUGGAAUAAACGCGAUAACGUUUGAAGCAGCGCGAAUUCACUCGUUGUAGCUUAAGCUCCCUAAAGAGGCCCUUUCGGAGGAGAGAGAGUUGAUACUUUGUGAAUGCAAAAAAAGACAUAUUCUUCCCAGGGUAAAACCAUUCCUAGCAAAUCGAUCAGUUUUUUUAAAACAUAUUUAAAGUUGGUAGAGCUUUAAGGGCCGAUUACCUGCGAAUUUCAGCCGAAUUUGAGCCUGGGCUGGUCCGCCCCCUGAGCCGAAGUUUUGUUGCGAUUACUCGACGAAUUUCAGCCGAGUUUAACCAAGAAGAUAAGCUAAGGCUACGUCCGCACGAAUCCGGAUACUUUUGAAACCGCUUACUUUUAUAAACGAAUGCACCUUCCGUCCACACGAAACCAGUGAAUCUGGACACCUAAAAGCAUCUUUUUGAAACCGGUUUAAGGACCCGUCCACACGAAUCUGGAUUAAAAAAUAAGCGGGUUUAAAAAUGUCCGGAUUCGUGUGGACGGGGCCUAAAGACUGACGUUUUCUUGAUGUUGAUGUUAUUGUUUUUCUGCACUAGUUUAAACACGUGCGUUUUAAAGCACGUGCAAAGGUGUUGAGCGUGCAGAGCUGUCAAAGCGCGUGCUCAACGGUUGUUUAGGAUUCUUUAAACCCCUCUGUCUCUACAACGUUGGUAAUUUAUUUUUCGUUGAACAAAUGGCAACAGGAAACAGCUUUAUACAAUUAAUUAAAAAAUACGAUGGAGUCCUUGCAAUCAGGUUUUCAACUUGAGCAGUUGGAUGUUAAAACUGAAUUUAUUCUUUUGGGGUUGUUUUGACCCCUCAAGUUACCAACAUAAACGUAGAACCACGUUUUUGAGCUGCUGUUGCCUUAUGCGCUUACUGGCCCGAUGAGUCACGAUGAGGAUGAAAUAAAAACGGCGUUUAUAUUUUAGCAGUUCACGCAUGAGUCGUUUCAUUCAUGGUAUUAAUACUUGAGAUUAACUAUUUGUCAAGUAAAGAAGAAGUUUACCUCAAACUUACCAUGUGUAAUAAGCUAUUCCAUUGCCAAAUGACUUGAGUUGCCAGACAAAGAUCGAGUGUCCAGUGCAAGCCUAUUUAUUGUACGUUUAUUGUCCUCAGGUUCAGUGGUGAAUAGUCCAAAACUAGGCGUGAUUCAAAUUCAUACGGCGGGGGAGACCAGCCUUCCUAACGGAGCAUCUGUUACGGUAAAGUAAAGGAAACGUUAGCAACGACGACGGCGACAGCAGUGAGAGCGUCAAAAGCGCAAUAGGUUUAAUAAACAAAACAAAAACAAGUGUGCUGCACGUGCAGCACACUUUUUUUGCACGACUGCGACGUGACGUAAUGCGGCGUUUUACGUAAACACAUGACAAUGGUAAUCUGUGCGUGUUGUCCUUCAGCAGCAUACAGCAUUGGAAAAUAACAAUAUUGAAAAUCAAAUGAGUCCUUUAACUGCUGUUAAAUUGAAAUAAAAGUUAGAAAUCCGAGCUUUCUCCAAUCGACGGCACCAUUAGGGAUUUCCUUCUCCUUAACUUGGGUGGUUCCCUGAGAAUUCAUUCAUUCAUUCAGUCCGCCAUUUAACGUCGCAUUAGGAAAUUUCACGUCGUAGUUGUGCAGAAGGAGGCAAAGAAAUGCACUAAAAAGUAUGAUGAACCUAACAGAGUUGUAUUUUUUCUUUUUUUCACGUUGUGGUUACGUCGCCGUCGUCAUUUAGUGAGCUCCUCAUCUCCUGAUACUUAAAUGUAGAUCACACUGCCUCAAGUGCUGAACUACUCGGAAAUUUUAGGUAGACAUGAAGAGAUACGUUGAUAGGGGGAGAACUCAGUUCAGUAACUGCUUUUUGCUUGAAACGUUACUUAGCGUUCGUAAUUGAGGAGGAUUCAGAAUAUCAAAACAGCUACUCACGUUAUUGACGAUAUAUCCCGAGCAUAGCGUCUUCCCACUCAAAAGAACCGCACUUAUACAUGGAGUGAUUGAUACUGAUAUCGUAUAUGACACAUCAAGUGUCAUUCAAGAUCGCGGGGGAAGCGGAUCGAGAAACAUUGCGCGAGAACCGCGUGGGGCUGGGGAGAGACGGGGUAUUAACGGGGUCUGACUGUAAUGAGGAGUCCGUAUCAAGCCGGUGUCCGUUUAACCCUUUAAGCCCUAGUAGUGAUCAGCAUCAAAUUUCUCCUUGUAAUAUCAUUGUUUGUAAAAGAGAGUGGUCAUGAGAAUUACGGACAUGAUCACACAAGAUGAAUUUGUUUGAUAUUUUAUCAACUUCUCCCCACUACUUCUGAAGGAGAAGAGUAGGGGCAACAAAUGAGAAUUCAAAUUUUGAUGUUAGGGUUUAAAAGGAUAAAGUGCCAACUGUAUUUCUAUUUUUCUGUUAGCUCCAUGUCACUCCCAACACAAGGGCAGACCAGGUAGUGAAAAUGGUCGUGCAACAGCUUCACAAGAAAUGUCAAGACAGGGACAAACCUGUGCCACGCCGGCAUACACAACUUUCCGAGCAGAAAACAAAAGACUUGUGUUUAGUAGCGGUAAUUGGUGGACAGGAAAAGUGUUUUAAAGACGAUUUUAAACCCCUUCAACUUCAGAACCCUUGGCGACGAGGAAAGCUGUUUCUGAGGUUACGUUCAGAGGCUCUCGCAGCAUCGUCUUCUGGUUACUUUACAAGCGUUUGACUAAUAUAGAGUAAACAGUAACCGUCUGUUUAUAAAAUAGUUAUAAUUUAUUAUGAAUUAAGAGAUUUUCCCCCCUAAGAUCUAUAGGGGUCCAUCUUGUACAGAUUAACCUUUUGAUUGCUGAAUCCCCAAAUACCUUUUUUUACUAUUCGCUGAUCUCUAAUGUCGUUAUGUAUACCCACCAUUGAAUGUCUGCUGGAAAUAACACGGCAACAUUUAGGCUAUGUCUACACUAUACCGGUUGCUUUUACGUUGGAGUGUCAACCAGCAUAUGGGAAAGGGGAGUCUGUUCGCGCAUGAGAAUAGUGAUUUCAGCGCGGUUUCUUUAACGGAGCGAAACGCCGCGCGGGAUAGGUUUCUCUGCCACUCUUUAGCGCAGUGUGAAUAGAAGUAUUCUCACUAUAGAGUGUUUUCACUCACGUGACCAACAUCUAUGCAAAUUUUUGGAACAAAAGAAAGAUUUUGCAUAACUUAAGAAAGGAGUUCAACUCCGACAGGAUUGGUUUGGGACACCAACAUGGCCGCCGUUUCAUUGUUUGGAACACCAAUAUGGCCGCCGUGACGUCAUGUGAAAACACUCUUUACCGGAUAGGUUUUAAUUUCGACAUAAAAACGCUGUACGGUGUAGUUAGACAUGCCUAUGACUGUGUCUACACACAUGUCGUUAACGUAUACAAACGUCUAUCCACAAGUAGACUUGUAAAGCACUUAGAUGGCCCUCGUAUAACAAGUUGAAACUUGUUCAACGGAAGAGAAACUUGUCUCCAUUUUCGGUUCUUCUGUUCCAGGCGUUUUGAUAGAAGGGAAAAUGGCACUUCCCUUUAUCUGAAAUCCUGGGACAGGAAAAAAUGUAGCCUGUGAAAACAGCCGACAUUGCUCGACACCAGGAAUGGUUGCCCCGCGAAAUACCGUGCUGAUGACGUGUCACCAACCAGUUUGGGAUAGUACUUCUGAUUGGUCAUGCCGCAAGGGAGAUUUGCCUCAACCAAUCAAAAGCACUAUGAAAUUUCUGCGUUCGCUCCUCGGACUUUACGCGAUCCACCCCCAUCUGAUUUCGCCUGGUUUUUGCGGUUAGUUAAGCGGUAAAUAAUUUACGUUCGUUUGAGCGAAGCGAAUUAGAACGUAAACCACUUCUAUGAGUUUAUUGUUGGAUUUGGUGUUGUAACUGUUGACAUUCGUUUUAAGAAUCGUACUCUUGUUUGUUGUUGUUGUUGUAGUUUUGUUUUUCCCCAGUUCUCGUUAUAUUCGAACCUUUCGGUACGAUAUUAUUGGUGUUUUCAGAAACUUAAGUAUAAAUUGUCUUUCAAACAGUAUUUUUGCGUCGUUAUAUGAGGGCCUUUGAACGCAACCCCCUCACUUCGUUUCCGUUCGUUUGAUCAUCGUUUAAAGGAAUGUUCCUAUGCUUGGAAAAACUUGCUACUCUUGACUCGUUACUGAAGAGAAAAUAUGAAAAUAAGAAAAAUGUGCGGGGCUUCAGCAAGAUAAACUUAGGUGGCAGGUAAUAUUCAUACGUGUGUUACAAAUCUCGUCUAGAUGGAGGAGAUUCGUGGCAAUCUUGUGCAAGCUUUUAUCAGAACACAGCCAAUUGGAUAAACCCUAGUUAAGCAAGAUGGGCGAAUCCAUCGUGAAAAUUAGACCUAACUUUCAAGUGUAAGUAUAGAGACAGAAGUUGAUGAUAAGACUAUUUAUGAAGUUUAGUAUGAAAAACCGUAAUAAACAAAUAAUAUAAUGUGAGAUUUGUACAUAACCAAAGUUGUGCAGGCCAUAAUAAAGUGUAUUGAAUUAUUUUUCUCUUCUUCAAUUGCUGACUUAUUCCCUCUUAAAGCUGAAUUUGGUGCACUGUUUGAGGUUUGUCAAACAACGAAUUUAUAGACUGGUAAAAACUUGGUCAUGUGAUGGAAAAUAUUGAGAGAGGGGUCACCGAUCGUUGUUCUCCGCGAAAGUCAUAUCUGGCUAAAAUCGGGCAAAACGAGAUCCAACCCAUACCCUUGCCCCGCAUAAAAUGACUUAAAACGUAAACAAGACUACCUUUUAUUCUUCUAUAAAAAAACUGGUUUUUUUAAUCCACCGAAGCGGGAGCCCAUAAUUGGGCAGUUCUUGAGUGAAUAUUUUGGUCACGUGGUACAUCACGUGACCAAAUUACCUAAUCCUGUUCUGGGCAAAGUACUAAAUAACCGGCCUAGUACCCAGGCGCUCGGCUUGGUCAAACCUGGAAUCUACUUUUGCGCGGUGACGUCACCUAGAGAGUCUCGCGUCACUCGCCCACCUCUUUCCAGACUUCACGCAGACAACAGGGCAAGAGAGCACGCCUUGGCACUGGGCUGCCGAAUGACGGCUUAAACUUCUCGAAUGCAGCCCAUUUCUUUCUCUAUCAUUAUGUGAAAUCAUACUUCAAAUUUUGUAGCAAACUCUUGUCUGGUAAAUUUCAGAAACUUCAAAACCGUGCGGACCCGCUUGCAAAGCCCGACUAAAUUAUUUUAUAAGUAGGUUGAGUAUGAUCGUCCAGGUGAACUUUACUUCCGUUUCGACAACCUGUGCGGUAGUCAUCUUUAGUUGUAUCAAGUCAGUUGAUAGUAUUAAACUCUGGUCAUUGACCGGAUUGGUCCAAUUAAGUCGCGAUGCUAUUGGUCUUCUCUCAGUUACCGUAAGCCGUGAUGUUAUUAGUAUGAAGACUCGUAAUGUCAUUGGUGCGUUUCGAUCAGUCUAUUGUCACCGUUAAACAGUAGUUUAUUGUUAGUCAAAUUGUCAGUUGUCCAGUCAGUUAAGACUAAUGCCAACGUCAUUGUAUUAAAACUGUGAAUCGAUUAAAUUAAUUUGAUACCAAUGAUCAAUAUUAAACAAAAACCAAAUGCUAUAGACAAAUCACCCAAGUGCUUGACGUUUGACUCCAAUAGCUCUUAAUUUAAUAAUCUCAACUUAUUUUCUUUUCUUUUGCAGGGUACUUAGUAUCACAUCACUUCAUUUUUACCACUUCAUUAUCGUAUUUUGUACAUGCAUCGUGUCUUUUUUAUCGUGCCUUGUAAUUUAGCAUACGGAAGAGAUUUUUGUCUGCAAAUAUGGUAUUCACUAGGACUUUUAGCCUGCGACCAAGCUCUUGACUCAAGAAGCUUAGACAAUAUAACAUUUAAAAUGUAUAAGGAUAAAUCAUACUUAGGAGCUUAUUAGUCCUCGGCUAUUGUCAUCUACACAACAAUCUACAAAAAGGUUAACUAAAAUAUAAAAGUCAUAGAGUUUCCUCUGUCGCGACGUGUUCUACAAGUCUGACAGUCACCAACUGCAAAUGGAACCUUUUUACAAACAGUGUCUGGACUAAGAUUACACCUAUGCGGAAAGUGCGGGAUCCUAUUGUGUAUUAUAGGCUCCUUUUAUGGUCAAUAAGCUGUUCCCUAGGUAAUAGAGAGAGGUGUGACGUCACGUUACCAUGGUAGCAAAAUUUCUGGAUCACAACAAUAGGAAGCUUAAGCAACGACGACGGUGACGGCAAUGAAAACGGCAAAAAAGCAAUAGUUUUAUAUUAGCAAAAUAACAACUUUGUAUGUGCAUCGAUCACGCGUUUUUGUACAUUUUUUAGCCGUCGUUGCACGACUUCGACAUGAAACUUCAUAAUUUCACGUGCCUGCUUUACGGAGUAGGUGAACACAACAGAAAAUUUUUU